AUGGACGUCGAGGAGGCCGAGCAGCGCAAGAGCACGAUCCUGCUGUUCCUCACGGCCAUCUUCCUGCUGGUCCCCAUCGUGGGCGAGAUCGCCGCCGUCUUCGCGCCCCUGGCCGCCAUCGGGCGCAUCGUGUCCAUCUUGGGGGCGUCACGGGGCCAGGCGGCGCUCGACAUCUACGGCGUCGUCGACACAAAGGGCAACGGACCUCAUGGCCGUCUUGGGCAUCAUGGCCAGGGCGGCGGCCCGGUCGCGCUCCGGAAGCUCAAGAUGGAGCCGCAGAUGGAUAUUGUGAGAAAGGUCAACGAGCGUGCGUCGACGUGCAUGCUACCCGGCGGGCGCGGUGGCAAGCGCUCCGCGGGAGUCUUCCCCGAGGGCGCCCUGCCCAUGAGCGGGUUGAACGCGGACCCCUUUCACCGCUGGUAAAUAAAGAAUCCAAUGGUCGACCGGGGGGAAAUCAGGGGCAAAGCAGUCAAGUCAUUUAGGAGAGGCGAUCGAUAUCUAUGACGUCCUUAUGGUAUGU